CCUCGCUCGCAGGCGGGCAGCGCCUCCUCUCCGGUGGGCCCCGAGCGGCGGACUGCGACUCCCGGCAUGCAGCGCGGCGGCCGCGCCCCGAGACGGCCCACCAUGGCGGCGGCGCGCGCCAGCCUGCGCGGGCUGCUGGUGGCAGCAGAGCGGGCAGCAGGUCCUGCCAGGCCCUGGGAGCAGCCAAUUCCCCACGUCACACGGCUCCUCCGGCACAGCUCCAACCAGCCGGCGGGUCCACAGGCCAGCCCAGACCCCAGGAACAGGGGGCUCCCCGAGGGGGUGGAGUACAUCCCCACACGCAAGAAGGGCAAGAACCCGAUGAAGCCGGUGGGGGUGGCCUGGUACACCCUCUAUGCCCGCACACGGCUGGGCUACCUCUUCUACCAGCGACAACUGAAGAAGGCCCAGGAGCGGUACCCACGCGGACACUCCAUCCCCCAGCCCUGCUGCUUCCCCGGAGUGAAAAUCCUGCCCAUUCCCGUACUUUCCAGCAACUACAGCUACCUGGUCAUUGACACUGGCUCCAGCCGAGCAGCCGUUAUUGACCCCUCUGACCCACUGGCUGUGGAGGCUGCCAUUGAGGAAGAGGGGGUGAUGCUGGAGGCCAUAUUCUGUACCCACAAACACUGGGACCACAGUGGAGGGAAUGUGGCGCUCCGACAGCGGCACAGCUCCUGCAAGGUGUAUGGCAGCGCUCUUGACACCAUCCCAGAGCUCACCAACCCGCUUGCAGACAGGGAGAAGGUGAGCGUGGGCUGCCUGACCUUCGAGGCGCUCGCCACACCUGGUCACACUGUGGGGCACAUGGCGUAUGUGCUGGAUGGGGAGCCCUUUGGUUGCCCUCCCUGCCUCUUCUCUGGGGACCUCCUCUUCCUUGCUGGCUGUGGCAGGCUGUUUGAGGGUUCCCCUGAGACCAUGCUCGCCUCCCUCGAUGUGGCCAUGAGCUUGGGCAAGGACACACUGCUGUGGCCGGGGCACGAGUAUGCGCUGGAGUGUCUGACCUUCGCCAGCCUCCUGGAGCUGGACAAUCCCGCACUGGACCAGAAGCUGCAGUGGGCAACACAGCAGCGGCAGGAGAAGAGGAGCACGUGUCCCUCUACACUGGGAGAGGAGCAGACCUACAACCCUUUUCUGCGGACCCACCGGCCGGAGCUGCAGGCAGCGCUGGGGAUGCAACAAGGCACAAGGGAAGACCCUGACACCUUCCGUGCCCGUGUCCUCAAGGAGGUGCGGAGGCGCAAGGACCUCUACAAAGCCACCUAGACCCCCCCCCCCCUCUGCAGACCCCUGCCCUUUCCAUGGGGCUGGGUGCUGUUCACGCACAGGGGGGCUGAGACUCUGUGGGUUUUUUUGCUGUGAAUCCCCCUCCUGGGGUGCAAGGUUGGGGGAAAGAGUGGACAUACACCCCGUGCAGGCAUCCCACAAGUGAUCCCUGACUUUGCUUGCACAGACUUGAAGGUCACCAGCUGUCGCCUAGAAGCACCUCAAUCCCCUUUAUAGGGGGCC